ACUGAUCCAAUCUCUCGUGGAAGUAACAAACUCUUCUCCGCUAAUAACAUUUUCCAUUGGCAUUCCCUUUUCCUCAUUGUGGAGUGCGGCGGACGCUGUUCUCAAAGCGUGUCACCUCUAUCUCUCCCCUGUCCCAGAUUUCGCUUUCAAAACUGAUAACUCUCUGCAGAGCUCUGUUUCUCUUUCGAUUUGGAUUCUUUGAAGACUUUCUUUAUCCAUUGGGCUGAGAAUGGCGAGGACAGGCAACAAGAACGUACAAGCCAAGCUGGUGGGUACUUCUUGGGGACAUGGGAACCGGAAAAACAAGUUUGGUAUUGAGAUUUGUCAAAGGCCAAUUCUUUGAGUACCAGGAGUCAACUAUUGGAGCGGCCUUCUUCACUCAGGUCUUGUCAUUAAAUGAAGCCACUAUAAAAUUUGAUAUAUGGGACACAGCAGGGCAAGAGCGUUACCAUAGUUUGGCUCCUAUGUACUAUCGUGGUGCAGCUGCAGCUGUUGUGGUUUAUGACAUUACAAGCAUGGAUUCAUUUGUACGGGCCAAAAAGUGGGUUCAAGAAUUGCAAAGACAAGGAAAUCCAAAUUUGAUAAUGUUCUUGGCUGCCAACAAGGCUGACUUGGAAGAAAAGAGAAAAGUGGCGGUUGAGGAAGGUGAGCAGUAUGCUAGUGACAAUGGCUUGGUUUUUCUUGAAACAUCUGCAAAAUCUGCACAGAAUGUGAACGAGCUCUUCUAUGAGAUAGCGAAGAGAUUGGCAAAAGCUAACCCUUCACGCACAGCUGGAAUGAAAUUACAGAACAGAUCGCAACAAAGUCGACGAAGGCUGUUUUGUUGCUCUGCAUGAUAUCCAUACUUGCUAUAUCCAGCUGUUUUCCUCCAUCACUUUUUAAGGGCGUCACUCAAUGAUCAGAUGGAAAUUCAUUGUGGCCAAUCAAAGGUUGAAGACUGAUUUGCAAAGCUGCACAAACAUGUUGCAAGGAUAUUUGUUUUAUGUACAUCUCAAGAUCUCAUUAGAGAGAGGUAAUGACACUUUCAAACAGCCUACAUACUCCUGUAUGUGCGAGACAAUGAUUAUCGAACUCAAGAGUGAAUUAGACACCGGAAUAUGAAGUGUCAUAGCUAAAGAGAAAAAAAAAACACUUGGUUACUCACA